UGGCACUUGCGUAGAUAUCGAUGAGUGUGCCUUUAGAAAGCCUUGCCAACAUGAGUGCAAAAACACUAUAGGAAGCUACCAGUGCACCUGCCCUCCAGGUUACCAACUAUCAUCCAACGGCCGAACCUGCAAAGACGUUGAUGAUUGUACUGUACAAGGAGUCCAGUGUGGAUCAAAUCAAAUGUGCUUUAACACACGAGGGGGUUACCAGUGUCUUGACAUACCCUGCCUAGCCAGCUACCACAGAGGACACAGCCCAGGUACCUGCUACAGACCUUGCACUCCCAGACUGGACUGUGCCACCGUUAGCUCUCCUCCUCUUCUCCAGUACAAGCUCCUCACUCUUCCGCGAGGUAUACCUGCUCACCACAAUGUGGCCCGUUUGUCAGCUUUCUCUGAGUCUGGCGUUCUCCAAGGCCACACAUCCUUCACUGUCCUGGAGCAAGGAGGAGACACUGGAGAGAGGCCAUUUGGGAUCAAAGAUGAAGCAGGAAGAGGCAUUAUCUUCACUGUAAUGCCUUUAGAUCUGCCUGGCCUGGUGCGACUUCGGGUACAAGCCACUACUCUGUCAGGCCAGGGGCGCAUAAUCUACCAGAGUAUUUUUAUAAUCUAUAUCUCCAUUUCCAAAUACCCCUACUGAGUAUUCAUUCAAGACUGCAAAGGGGCCACAAACCUCGGAGAACAGCCCUGUAUGUACUGUUGCUUUUUGGGCCAUAGGAGAAGCAUUAGUAAAUUAACUUAAUUGCCACCUAUUUAUGUGCCCUCUUGUAGUUGGACAGACAACACUAACUAUGAAUGUUAACUAUGGCAGAGUGCAACAUCAAAGUGUGUGUUUGGACAAACAUUCAAAGCCAAGACCUAUCAAUGGCAUAUUGUAUCAUGUCCAAAUCGUAAAGUCUUUGGAUUACAAUACUGUCACUCAUUUUUUCAGAAUGUUGGUUUAUUGAAUUAUCAUUAAGGUAAUAAAUACCCUGCACCUUUUACUCUUUGAAAGUAUUGUAGUAUUUUGUUAAAUCUGUCUUGCCUGGGCUGUUUUUUUUUUCUUUUUCUUUUUCUGUAGUGCAACUAUUUUUGGUGCUUCAAUAGACAUUUUCAGGAUCCACUCAGUAGUACAUAUUUUGGAAAAACAAUGAACCCUAAACAUUAAAAAAAUAAAAAGAAUAAUAAAAAAAAUAAAAAACAUUCAAAAAACGGAAACAGAUGGUUCCUAAUAUGGGGCCAGAUAACUUUUUUUUUUCUUCGCUUUUUGAUGAGGCUUCAGUUUUAGAAAGUUUCAACAUGAACUGAUCACCAGCAAAUUCUACCUUAAUUUAAAAUUAAUGACAUGUAAUUUUUGCAAUAUUCUUAUGUUGUAUUGAUAUAUUCAUGUACAUUGAGUGUAAUCUCAGUGUGUGUGUGUGUGUGUGUGUGUGUGUUUGUGUGUGUGUGUGUGCCACUGCAAGCAUGUGUAUGUGAACAAAAGAUAUGGUUGUGCUUUGACUGUUUAUGACUCCUUGAAAAUGAAAUGUAGAUUAUUACAAAUGUCUUAAUAUUUUUUUCAUAUUUAAUCUAGCACACACCUUUUGCUUUGCAAGUUGCUUCAAACCUGUAGGACUUUCUUUUUUUGAACACAAAAAAUGUUAGGCGGAAUGUUAGCUUCAGUCACCAUUCACUUUCAUUGUAUGAAAAAUGAUGCAAUGAAUGUGACUGGUGACUGAAGUUAACAGAAAGAAAGUCAUCAGGGUGUGAAUGACAGAAUGUUCAGAAACUGUACAUGCUGCAUUUACUAUUGGAAAAGAGUAUGAGGAAGUGAUGUAACAUAAAAACUAGUGCGGUGCGGUUGUGUGGAUUAUUUUCUGUGUGCCUGUGUUAAUAUCCCAGUUCAUGGGGGCCUGGGUAGCUCACCAAGCAAAGAUCCUGACUACCACACCUGGAGUCACAAGUUCAAAUCCAUGGCAUGCUGAGUGACUCCAGUCAGGCUUCCUAAGCAACCAGUUGGCCUGGUUGCUAGGGUGGGUAGAGUCACGUUGGAUUAACCUCCUCGUGGUCGCUAUAAUGUUGCUCUACCUCUUGGUGAGGGCGAGUGGUGAGUUGUGCAUGGAUGCCGCGGAGAAUAAUGUGAAGCCUCCACAUGCGCUACGUCUCCACGGUAACACGCUCAACAAGCCACGUGAUAAGAUGCGUGGAUUG